GCGCGAGGGGUACCAUCAGCAGCGAUGAUGGAGCGACAGGACAGACGAACCGGCCGGUCUCUAUCAGCCCGUCGACGAUAAUCCGUCGAAUACUUUGUCUGGAAUCAUCGCAGAUUGGCCGGCGGUACCCUCCCACCCUCUCUCUCUCUCUCUCUGUCGCGCGCGGGACCGGCGAGAUCCCUUAACGAAAUCCCCCCCGGAUAUCGUUAUAAAAGCCGGCGCGCCCCGGCGCGCCGUUCGUCUUUCUUCGGCGGCGAUUCAGCUUCUGACUUGUGCACGCGACCAGCCACUCCUCACGUUCAACCAUGCAGAUAGUCGGCAAGUACCAGUACAUGUCGAGCGAGAACUUCGAGGAUUACAUCAAGAGCCUCGGCAAGGCCGACCUCGCCGACGCGUUCCUGCAGGCCACGCCGGUCGUGGAGAUCCAGCAGAACGGUGACCAGUGGGUCGUCGUGGUCACCAGCCAAGGCAAGACCGUCACCGCCACCUUCAAGCCCGGCGAGGUCUAUGACGAGCAGCUUCCAUCCCAGGGCCUCGUUUUCAAGGUGGGUUCCGCUGGCAGAAAGACUCGCAUCAGGUCAUCGACUUCUUCCACGCAGCCUCGGAAAGGAGGAUUCGAUAUUCCGGGAGAAGAGGUAACGUUAGACGGAUUGUUCUCCGCGCGGAGAACGAUUAGCUGAAGCAUAACUUACAUCCGAUUUCUUGCGCACCAUGUGCAAGCCUCGCGCCAAUCUACGCGUUAAAUGAUGGAAGAUAGAUGAAUCUUGCUCUCGCGCAGAAGCGCACGGGAGGCGGCCGAAGGAUACAAAGGUCACCGGCAACUUGAACGCAAAACUUACGCACUUUGCGCUCGACGCGAGAG